GUUAUCAUGCGAUCAACAUAUAUCGACCUGUAUCAGUAUAUUCAUUGGUGCAUACCGUCUAAACUCAAUGCAAUAUAAGGACAUUUAAUCAUUGUCAAAAGGGAUUUUAAUGAUAAAUCUUGUUUAAACACACUUUAUUUACAUCAUCUUCAACCGGAAGUAGCCAGACACUUUGAAAUCCAAUUUUCAUCAGUGGAAAAACCUAUUCUAAGAUCGGUUGCAGUAAUUAAUCAAACAUUUCAAUCGAGUACAUGAUUUGAACCCUAGAGGUGCCAGUAAAUACUUGAUCGAAAGAAAACAGUCUUGAAUAGAAUACAACUUAAAUAACUGCGUCUGUUAGUAUAUUGCAUUAUAACAAUAAUGUACCCGUGUCGAGUCGUACGGAAACGCCUUCUAGCUUUAGUCAGAAGAAACAUUUUUUUACGAAGACUUCUCUACGUGUGUACUUUUAUUUGUUUAAGUGGAUAUACAUUGUUUCAUUUGUACUUUGGACCUGGAUAUAUGGUUUACGUACACAAAAAUAUUCAAGCAAGCUGUAUCAUACCGGAAGUGAAUCCAUACGAUAAAGAAAUAAUGAAAUUUUUCUGGAAACCUGAUCCUAUUAUGUGCUCAAAAGACAGCGAUCUCGUAUACUUUGAUUUUAAUUCUACAUUACAUUUGAAUAAAACGCGCGCUCCAAGUAGCAGCAUUUCAUGUCAUUAUCAGGAAGUCAUUCGGAAGACGAAUGAUGAUUUUAAUGUUGAACUAGGUCCCGAAGUGUGGUUUAAUAGUUCCGUUGUUGUCCGAACAGAUUUUGUGAAUGUAAAAUGUUUUAUUGGCGGGAAAAUGGUUUACAGUAGAUUACACUAUCAGGUCUAUCGACCUCUAGAAAAAGAAAAAAGAAAUCCAAAAAGGAAACAUAGCGUAUUGAUUUUCGGAAUGGAUUCAGUGUCUAGACUAGCAGCAAUACGUGAACUUCCAAAGACAAUGUCAUAUUUAGAAAAUAAUCUUGGCGCUUAUGUUUUUAAAGGCUAUACCAAACUAGGUGACAACACGCUGCCAAAUUUGGCGCCUUUAAUUACAGGACAUUAUGCAUUUUCCAAAGAAUUUCCUGUGGUUGAACACACAAAGUUUGAUAAUCACCCUUUUAUUUGGCAUAACGUUUCUAGACUAGGUGGAACUACAAUGUUUUUGGAAGACUGGCCGCGAAUAUCAACUUUCAAUCUAGGAACCAGUGGUGGAGGUGGGUUCCUUAAACCUCCUACAAAUCAUUAUAUGCGACCUUUUUAUCUUGCCAUAAACCACAUGCAAAUGUUUGAGUCCCCUGUUAGUGAUGUUUUGCAGUUUUUAGAGGACAAAAACGUGAAGCUUAGCUCAACAUCAUACUUGUGCUAUGGGGAAAAAUCAUUGCAUGUCAUAGCUAUAGAUUAUUUUAAAAGAUUUUUACGAGCUUACAAAGAUGACUUAAAAUUCACACUUGUAUGGAACAAUAAACUUAGUCAUAACUAUGUUAAUUUCAUUAAGUUGGCAGACGACGAUUUAUUAGAUCUCAUGACUUUCCUUAAAACCGAAGGGUUUCUGGACAAUUCAUUUUUGUUCUUUUUAAGCGACCAUGGAUCCCGUGUUGAUAAAAUCAGAAACACUCCGAUUGGAAGACUCGAAGAGAGGCUACCUUUAAUCUCACUAGUAGUUCCACAACAACUAAAAGAAGCCUAUCCGAAUUUGCAUGAAAAUUUGAAAACAAACAUCAACAGACUAACGUCACCUUUUGAUGCAUACGAAACGAUAGUCGAUAUCCUGAACGAAAACUUCAAAUCAGAAGAAGUUGCGGUUCCGUAUCCAAGGGGAAUAAGUUUAUUCCGUCCAAUACCGAACGACCGGUCAUGCGCAGAUGCCGGUAUUGAUGAGCACAAUUGUGUCUGUUAUUCCUCUGAUAGCGUUGACGUUAAAGGUCAAGUUGUUGUGAAAUUAGCAGAAUAUGUCACUGCAAACAUAAACAAGCAGAUUCCACAAGAAAAAUGUGCUAAACUCUCACUGAAGAAAAUUCAGUAUGCUAAAAGGAUACAUUCACAACUCAGCUAUGAUGCUUCAAACCAAAAUAAGAAACCUUUUUUAUACAUGUUUUAUAAACCAAAGGAGGAUUUACGAGAGAGAUAUCAAGUUUCCUUUGAUGUAUACCCUAGUAAUGCUCUGUUUGAGGUUACUGUAGAAAGCUAUGGGCAAAACCAGUUUGCUGUUUUAGGUGAUAUUAGUCGAACGAACACAUACGGUAACCAGUCAGCAUGUAUGACAAAAACAGAACUCAGAAAAUACUGCUAUUGCGUUUGAUGCAGUUUAUUUCAGAUUCAGUUCUAGUUGGUGAACAACGAACAACGUUAAAUAACACAACGAAAAUGCAUGUGCAGAUCACGUGAACAGAAGUAUCGUCCCACUUCAA